AUGGCUGGCCCGUUCAAUCCUUUUGGCGGUGCCGUGAGCACCAGCCAGAGGGGAGGACGAGGCGCGCAGGGCUCCGCCAGUAGAGGAAGAGGAGGAAACCCUGGGUUCGCUGCGACUCCAUUUCAGGGGAACAACGCGCGGGGUGAUAGUAAGGAUCGCGGGCGCGCAAGAGGUAGAGGUCCAAGUCAGUAUCGGGGCCGGGGUCGUGCACGCGGCGCUGGCGCUGCGAGUCACGGUGUAGAUGGUACAAACCAAACUGCAGGUAACCCCAGUGCUACUGCCUCGCCAUUCACCCGACCGAACCAGCAGAUUACUGCUGCAUCUCCGUUCUCCAGCCUUCAAAAAGGCACCCCAGCUUUGAACUCUUCCCACAACCCAUUCGCAAAACCUGCGCAAAAUAUGGGUCAUCAAUCUUCCGCGGCUCUCGGCCGCAAUGGCUCUGGUAAUCCCUCCGGAAAUAUGUCGUCGGGCAGCUUCCAAGACCGUUAUGAUCAGUUGAAACUCGACCGCGCGAAAGAGCGCCAGCAAGCGAUCAAAGAUGGACAGAUGGCGGAUCCCAACCAGCCAACAUCGUUGAAGCAGGCAAUCACCCCCGUGGGAACAUGCACCAGCAUGUGCCCUGAAUUCGAGCGUGUCGAACGAGUCGUGCAGAAGAUGAUGGACAAGUGCGAAAAGUACUUUGACCCGGCCACCAACCAGCUGGAAAUUAUGGAAUCCAAGAUGCUGAAGCGGUUUCGACGUUCAGCUGCCGGCUAUGACGAGCAAUUGCCCUCGGAUAUUCGGACCCCAGGGACCCUGCUACAGAGUAUGAACUAUCUCAUUCGCUAUGUUCUCGGCGGCAGUGAGCCAUUGGCCAUCAUUCACAAGUUCGUCUGGGAUCGGACGCGUUCAAUUCGCAAUGAUUUCUCGGUUCAGCAAGUCACGCAAGAGGAGGAUGUGAAAAAGGCAGUGUUAUGCUUGGAGAGAAUUGCACGUUUCCAUAUCGUGUCUCUCCAUCUACUUUCGAACCCAACCAACGAAGAGCAAUUUGAUCGCCACCAGGAACGAGAACAGCUCAACAAUACCAUGCUUUCGCUCAUGUACUACUACGACGAUAACCGUGGACGCAUUCUCUUCCCAAGAGAAGAUGAGUUCCGUGCCUAUUACAUCUUGUUCUCAAUUCACGACCAGCGACCUGAUCUCGAAGCUCGCGUCCAGAAGUGGCCAGCCGAUCUACUCGCCUCUCCUCGAGUUCAAGUGGCCCUCGAUCUCUUUGCUGCUGCUGGAAAUACUUGGGAAUACCAAGGUGCUCUCGACGCUCGUCGGCCGAAUGCCAUUGCCCAGGGGUUCUACACUCGCUUUUUCAACAUUAUCAAUUCUCCAAGCGUGUCCUAUCUGAUGGCCUGUGUGGCAGAGGUUUACUUCAACCACAUUCGUCAAACAGCAAUUCGUGCAAUCUGGAAGGCUUACUGCCGAUCUCCAGUUUCACAGCAAGCCAAGAAUGAGGAAUGGACUGUAGAGGAAUUGACCAGGGUACUGCACUUUGAUGACCACGAGCAAACUAUCCAGUUCUGUGAAGAACAGGAUUUGCAACUUGCCCAGAAUGCUGAUGGUGCACUGUAUCUCAACUGGGGUUCUCGUCCAGUUGACUCCAUCGGUUUUUCACCAUCAUCCGACCAUUCGUACUCCGAGACUUACGUGGAGUCGAAGCGUGCAGGUCGCUCUCUAGUUGCCAUCGUUCUUGGAAUGACCAUCCCAGAAGCGGCGAGAAUGGACAUGCUCGAUAGAUCCUCUUUGGCUCAGCGGAGGGACAGAGCGUCUGAUAUGUCAGACGACAGCAAGAGUCUUUUUGUCAGUGAUGACGAGAACCACACUCCAGCCCCAGUAGUCGCGCCCAAUGGGUUCCUUGACAACACGUCCGCUUCCGAUCUACGCACUGCUUCCGAGGUCGCGCAUUUCCCUCCUGUUGCCCCAUCUGCUCAUUUCCAAUCGCCGUUCCCACCUCCUGCUCAGUCCUCGAAUCCUUUUGCACAGGCUUCUACGUCUGCUACACCUGCUCCUUUCUCCUUCUCGAAGCCGGCUGAGCCUGCUCAGAAUGUCGAGUCUCCUGCUGUGACUAUUUCAACUUCUCCUUUCUCGUUCUCCAAGCCCGCGGAGACCCCUAUUGCGAGUACUGCCUCGCCUUCUCCUAUGGCUGGUUCUUCGAACCCUUUCUCUUCCACCAAGCCAACCGAGACUGGCCGGAAGAAGGAAUCACCUGCCGCCUCAUCUCCUUUUGCUACCUCAUCGUCCCCAUUCUCCUUUGCGAAGCCAGCCGAGAAGACGAAUACACUUGCUGCACCGUCUCCCUUUGCCCCUGUGUCAUCUUCCAUCUUCUCGUCUCCCAAGCCGGCAGAGGUAGAUCAAAAGGUCGAUGUCGCUUCCGCAACUACCUCUACGACAUCCUCGCUCUUCAAGACUAGCACUCCGUCAGAGACCUCUGCGCCGAAGACCCCAUUCGCAUCUCUGACUUCCGAUACAUCUCAACCACCUUCCAAGCCAAACCCUUUCGCUGCCUCUCUAUCCGCGGUGAAGCCUUCUAGCAGCCCGUCAGAGUCUUCCGCGCCAAAGAAUCCAUUCACAUCCCUUGAUUCCGACACAUCCCUGUCAUCUUCCAAAUCAAACCCUUUCGCUGCAUCUCUAUCCGCGUUCAAGCCUUCAGAUAAAACCGAGUCCCCGAAGACGCCUGCAGUGAUUGCUGCUGCACCUUCUUCGACAUUCAAGCCCAGCACUUCGCCGCCGGCGUCAUCGACUCUAGAUUUCUCCUCCCUCAAACCUUCUUCCUCGCUGCCUCCCUCCACCGCAGCUCCUGCCGCCGCUUCUCCGUUCACAUCCACAAAGGCACCGGAAGCAAGUCAAAAUCAAAAGGCGGAGGCACCUGUGACAACAUCAUCUUCGGGGCCAGUUUCGAUAAUCACCCCCAACGGUGCACCCGAGCAGUCAUCGACCGCAUUCAAUAACCCUUUCGCGUCUUUGACCCCUAAGGCAUCAAUUUCAUCUUUGGGUCCGGGGAAAUUUGCCUCCCCUGCUGCUCCUGCAAUCUCCUUUUCGCAGCAACCGAACGCCGGCGAGAAGGCGAAGGAAUCAGGUACGGCGUCAACCACUGCGAAGCCCAUCUUUAGCUUUUCAGCUGGUAGCACGAAUGCCGCGCCAGGAGUAUCGACUGGGAUGGAGCCUUCAUCAGCAGCUCCAGCUCCACAGCCAAAUGGUAAAGUCGAAGCCGCUGCUGCUCAAUCAUCAACGCCGCCCACAUCUCCUCCAUCUGUACCUGAAAAUCUCCCGUCAACUUCGCCCAAGCCGAGAGAUGACCAGCCAGCGAAAAAGCGCUCCCUCGCAUGGGAACAAUGUCCUACGCCCGAGCAAGUCUUGUCUUCUUUGUUCAACUACACGGGAACCCUCGCCUCUUCCCCUCACGCCAAAAGUUCACAUUCCAACCAAUCGCUUUCCUCCCAAUCUGGGCAAAUAUCCAAGCUCUUCGACGCCAAGUCGUCUGCGUACAGCCCUGUGACUACUUCUACUGAGUCUUCAAAGCCUUUGUUCCAAGGCUCAAUUGCAUCAGGGUCUACAGUGGAGCAAACUUCGUUAAAACGGCCGCAUGAAGAUGAUGACACUACCAAGCAACAGAGGCGCUCCUCGCUGAAACGCCAUUCUAUGGGCGCAUCUUCAGAUAAUCCUUUCAAACGCUCCGUGCAUUUCGAAGCAUCCUCCGCCCAGCAGCCAAACGAAAUGCGAAUGAGUCUCUCCGAGCUAUCUCAACCGGAUGCCCAAGAGCCCAGGGCUAAUGUGUCCCAAAAGCGUUCGCGGAGUAAGACGACAAGCGCGCACAAGAAGAGAGCACUGGAUGAACCGACCCUGGCCAAGUCAGACAAUGGGCCAAGUCCCAAGCUGACGAAGAUUUUGGACCCUCCCGCAUCGCAGGAGCCUCUUUACCCCAGAUUCUCCCUAUCCAAGGUCUUAAGCGAGCCCAUACCAAAGCUUCCAAUCUUGGAACGACUUGAAAGAAAACUAGCAGAAACACGGGCUUUGGUUGGGCCCAGACAACUCACCGAUGAAGAACAGAAAUGGCUUGAUGAGCAAAAGCGUGUUCGAGAGCGCCAGGUCCAAGAAGACGAAAUAUUGCUAUCCCGUGCACGGAUUUUAGCUCACGAGCUGAAGAACGGACCAGGAAUCUUCGAUAUUCCAAAGGACAUCCCAUACUCUCCACCGGUGGACCCCUCAGUCAACCAUCGUCGUUCUGCGUUACUCGAAAAGCCUACCCCUCAUCCAUACAUAUACAACCAUAUGCCCGAGUCUUCUUUCCGUGCAUCGUUUAACCCUGGUCGCUCCGCACACGCCGCGCACCCCCGCGUUGAUGCCAGGUUCCGACGCACCGCUUCUCACGGAUCGAGUUCUAUCUCACUGGGAAUUGAGCGCUACAGACGUGAAAGAGAGGAGAGGAAUGAAGCUGAAAGGAAGAGAAAAGAAGCUGAGAAGCUGAAGGCUAGAAAGGAGAAGAAGCUGAAGAAAGAGAAGGAGAACCAACGUGUGGUUUCGGUCGAGGAUGAUGACGAUGUG